AUGCAGCAGCAGCAGCAGCAGCAGCCACGGACAGGCGGGGCGCCUACACUUCAUGCGGCACAGGUGAAGAUGUCGACCUUGCCACCACCUUCUUGGGCGGUGCAACAGUCAAGGGGGGGCUCGUCAGGGCAUUUACAAGGAGGUUCGAGAUCCGGAAGUCACAUUUCUCUGAUGACUGCACAUCCCUCUGGAGAAGGCGCAAUCUCGGGCAGUGCAAUGGAUUCCAUCCAUCCACAGGGGAAAUUAGUCAUGGUGCCUCCACACCUUGUAGGGAAAAUGACGCCCAUGCCAUACCCAGCUGGACCACUCGGUGGAACCACAAAGCAACCAUCUGCAACCCCUCCUAUUCAUUACCCCCAGCAGCUUUUAACGAACCAAGCAAUGGCAAAGAUGCCAAUGGGUCCCCCACCAACGUCACAGCAGGGAGCAGCCAGACCUAGCCAAAGCCACUCCCCUUCCUUUAGUGCCUCUGUCGUUCCACAUGCUCCUUUGGCGCAACCGGCAAAGAAGCAGGUUGUUUUAUUAGCGAAUACGCCUCCCAACGCUCCUGGUCAACCGCAACGAGCGAGGGGAUUGCUUGAAGUUACAAGAAGCUCCUCCAGCAUUGGGACUUUGGAUUCAACUGUGCAGCAGCCAAUGGGUAACGUUUGGAGGGCGCGACCAUCCCCUGCUCCGGCGCAAUCUCAACAGUCAAUUGCGGGAUUGGCAACAAACGUGCAGCCAUCGCCCUCGGGUGGGAAGGAGAAGAAACGCUCAUCGAUUAGUGGAAUAUGGGGAACGAUGAAGAAUGCAUUGUUCAAGGGGAGUGACGAAAAUGCGGGGCGGCCAAAGCUUGCAUCUGCGCCACAGGCAGUACGAGAUGCAAGGGGUGGGGUUCGCCCAAUAGAACAGAGGCCGGGUGCUGGAACGGCAGCGGUAAGGGCGAGUAUGACUGCAGCCACCGGCGCGUUUCAAAACUUGGAACAGAAUACAAAUGGAGGCACAGGGAGUCAAACUUCAUCAGGUACAAUGCCUUUGCAGCAGCAGCAGCAACAACAACAACAACAACAACAACAACAACAGCGACGACAGCAAUUGCCAUCGAAGAAUUUAGGUGGUGAUGGGCAUGCGAUUACGUCGACGGGUGAUAAAUUUGACCCGGCAUCACUUUCAUUGGCUACAGUAGAAACAACAACCAGAAUGGCCACCCCGAAAGCGACAAUGCCGCCACCGACGCCGUCAGAUGAUAAAGCCUCUCCCCUCGUGACGUCCCCCACAGUGCAACUGCGAGAUGAGGCUGGGGAAGCUGGGAUAGCCCCGUCAUCUGCUGCAAAUGUCGCCAACGAAGCUGAGGAAGGCCAUCGUCAGUCAAAGCAGAAACAACAUGUGCUCAGGUUUCCUUCCAUUACCAUUGUGGACAGCGACGAGGAUUCAUCUGGUUCGUCGCGGUCCAGCGAACCGGCAAAGGAACUGGGAUCGACAACGCAAACCGCCGUGUUUGGUUCUGAAAAGGAGGGUUCCCAAGCGGGACAGUCGGUGCAUGUCUCCCCGUCUUCUUUGGCCACAUCAUUUAUGCCCAGCCAAUUGUUGACCCAGCAAAAGAAGGGUGAAAACACGGGAGUGCAAGCUUCUGAUACGCGGCUUUUUGCCGUUUCAGAUCAUCCUCCGGUGUCGUCAGAUACUUUGUCGGUGACGACCAAUACGAGUUCCCCGGACACGUUGAAAAGAGACGGGAGUCUGACUCCGGUGCGUCAGCUGGAGCUGCAAGAAGAAAACACGACUGUGGGAAGUGCACCUGUUAAUAAUUCCUUAGCGGAGGAGCGGCACGACACGAAUCCACAAAAGGAAAGGUUGCGGCCCUCCGCCAAAGUGGCAAAUUUGCCGUCCUUGACCGCCGAAGACGCGGUCGGAGACGUCAGGGAAACUCCUUUAGGCGCUGUAGAAUCCAGCCGCCUUUCACCUUCAUCAUCGCCACCAACAUCACUACCACCGCCACCAAUUGGGUUGCAGUCACGGGCGACACAAGAAGCCCAGGAGGUCAAUAAAUCCACGAAGCGACAACGUCAGCAACCCCAGCUGCGUCGUGACUCCUCCGAUUCAUGUAUCAAGCCCCUUUCUUUUAGUUCAGACCAUCAUGCAAAAGCCACGGAGCGGGAAAUUCUUAAAGAAACAACGUCUCUACAUGCAACCAGAAAAUCUUCUAGGAACGACAAGGAUGAUGGUGAUCAUGAUGAUUUUGAUGACCGAAAAGAACGAGAAACUCCGCGCCGGGGCCGAAGUGUCAAGAGGGGCAGUGAGAAGGAUUACAGCAGAGAAAGGAGAAGGCUGAUUUCUCCAUCUCCCCACCUAUUACACUCGCCUAUUUUUCAUAUUCGCGAUGUAUAUCAGCUGUAUCAAGAGCUGAAACGAGAACAAGAGGAAUUACAGCGUGAUCGCUUCUUGCGGUGGCGGAGGCAUGAUAGCGUGUCGCCGGGUGAUUACUCAGGAAAGCACAGCCGAAGAGGUGGAACGUCGACGACGCAUACAAAGAGCCCUCGUCAGCCAUGGCGCAGUUCUUCUUUUCAUCCCGAUCCAUUGCCCCUUCCUUCUUCAUUGCGCCGUCCUCUCGGUUGCAUAGAAUUCAGGGACGGUUAUAACCGGGCGGUGGCUUCUGGUGAGUCUGAUAGCGAAGCCAGCUUCACUGGACCUUAUGUCUCCGGUGGACGAUACACACCGUACCGAUCUUUGCAGAUGUUAAGGCUGUCUUCACCGCAACGUGCAGGUCGUGCAUCGGCUCAAAGACGACGAUGUUAUCAACAAGAGGAACUCUGUGACUAUUCACUCAAUCAUCCAUAUGAAGUGACGUCAUUUAUUCCAUCGCGCAGGCAUGACGACCUUCAUAAGUUUGAAGGACCACCCCACAAAACACCUUGCGGCAAUGGUAGUAAUAAUAAUAACACUCAUAAUGGUUGUAAUAAUGAGAAUCAUAAUAGCGGUAGACGUGUUAGUUCUGGCGAAAAUGCGUCAGGUGGGAGGGCACAGUCUGCCUUACGUGGACACAAAGUGAAUCCAGUCAAUCCAAGUCGCAGGCCACACGCGGACACGUCAAAACCCAUGACACACAUUUUUGAGUAUGAAAACGAUGGAAUGAUUACACAAGGGCCAUCUCAGCAGCAGAAUGGAAAGGAACAUGCAUGGCGCCACGAUUCCGUACCACCAUCACCUUCAUCCUUACCGGUAUCGGCACGACGGCGACGAGAAAAUCUGUCGGCGAGGACACCUGUUGAUAUGGCAUCCCCUCAUCCGCGGCGGCCUCAGCCUCGUUCCGUGGUGGGAAAUCCUACGGCGCGAAACCUCCGACGCUGCUGUAGUGAAGGUGACAUUGCUGGAAACCAUUUGCGUGCCCCGGGAGGGAGUCCGGUGACACGCGACGCUGUUGGUCGAAUCCCAAUUCCUGUUGUUGACCUUCGGAAAGACUUUAAACCAUGUUUGGACUCCCCACUGAAAAAAGGGGAUGUAUUUGGUGCGAGUAAACACCGUGUUCGAUGUGGGGUGAACUACAGUUUGUCAAGCAACAAUAGCAGCGUCCACAAGAAACGAAAUGGUGCAACGGGAAGAGGGGCGGUGUCUCCAUCCUGUCACAGCCACACACGAUCCACCCCGUUGAAGCGCACCCCAGAAGGCACUGCGGGGAAUUCCGGUUCUUCUCCGAAGCGCUGCAUUGUUGACGUGCCGCCGUUUCCACCUCUAAAGUUGUACUCUUCCUUUGUGAUAAAGGAGCCGGACCGACCAUCGGCAUGGGCAAUGGGACCAGAGCGGCAGAAUUUUCUGGUGCAGUCCCCCAAGGCACGCCGCCGGAUAAUCAAGCGUGCGCAGCGUGAGGAUAGACAUGAGACCGCUGCGGGUGAUGGUGGCCGCCGUACUGCUGAAGACGAUGCCACUGGUGGAACGAAUUAUGAUUCGGUUGUUCUUGUAGAGGAGGUGCGAUUAGAUGAGUAUGGUCGCCCGUAUGUGCUUAUAAGAGAAGUGCCGUUUGGUACUGCUGCAGUGGAAGCACAAAAAUCCUCCGCCCAACGGCUAUCGAGGCCGCGGCCGGUGUAUGUCCGUCCUGAUGACAGGGAAUGUUGA